AUGGCUGCUACCCUCUUCAGCAACACUGCCCGCGUUGCCCUCCGCUCGGGAGUUUCGGCUACCUCCAAGGCCGGUGCUGCGGGUCUGACCUUUGCCCGCGGCAAGGCCACUCUCCCCGACCUCUCCUACGACUAUGGCGCCCUUGAGCCUUCCAUCUCUGGAAAGAUCAUGGAGCUGCACCACAAGAACCACCACAACACCUAUGUGACCAACUACAACAAUGCUGUUGAGCAGCUCCAGGAGGCCCAGCACCAGGGCAACAUUGCUGCUCAGAUUGCUCUCAAGCCCGCCAUCAACUUCAACGGCGGUGGUCACCUCAACCACACCCUCUUCUGGGAGAACUUGGCUCCCAAGAACGCCGGUGGUGGCGAGCCCCCAUCUGGUGCUCUCUCCAAGGCCAUUGACACCACCUACGGUGGCCUUGGUGAGUUCCAGAGCAAGAUGAACGCUGCUCUGGCCAGCAUCCAGGGCAGUGGUUGGGCUUGGCUCGUCAAGGACAAGCAGACUGGCCAGAUUUCCAUCCGCACCUACGCCAACCAGGACCCCGUCGUCGGCCAGUUCGAGCCUAUCCUCGGGAUUGACGCUUGGGAGCAUGCCUACUACCUCCAGUACCAGAACCGCAAGGCCGAGUACUUCUCUGCCAUCUGGGACAUCAUCAACUGGAAGGCCGCUGAGAAGCGUUUCGCUUAA